AUGGUGACAGAAAGGGGUGAAGGAGAGAGAAGCAUGAAGAGUGGGAAGGCGAUUGGUGAAGGAGAUGAGGGCACGGGGGAUGUUUCUUCUCUGGGGAAGAGGGUGAGAGGGCAGAUUUUGCGUGUGUGCCUGACUGGAGGGCCGUGUGGAGGGAAGACGACUGUGCAGGGGUUUGUGGCCGAGGAGUUUGAGAGGAUGGGAUGGCGUGUAUUUCGAUCGCCGGAGGUGGCUACGAUUAUUCUAGGAGGGGGAGUGAAGUAUGCGGAGAUGAAUGAGGACCGGAGGAGGAGGUUCCAGGUUGAUGUGUUGAAUGUGAUGAUGAGGAUUGAGGAUGUCUACAACGGGAUUGGCGGAGAGCUUGCCUCUCGUGGAGAGAAUGUGAUUGUGAUUUAUGACCGAGGGGUGAUGGACUGUUCUGCGUAUUUGGAUAAGGACGAGUGGAGGGCUGUAUGCUCUGAGGCGGGUGUGUGUUCUGAUGAGGUAAGGGACAAGAGAUAUGACUGUGUGAUCCACCUGGUGAGUGCGGCCGAGGGGGCGCCUCUGUAUUAUGGGAGAGAUAACAACUCUGCACGGUCUGAGGACAUUUCCGAGGCACGGGUAUUGGAAAAGCGGACAAGAGAGGGAUGGAGAGGGCACCGCCGAGUAGAGGUUAUUGACAACUCGACGGACUUUGAGGGGAAGAAGAGGCGUGUAGUGGAGGCGAUCUUGAAGUAUGCUAGGGAGCGAGGAGACGCCUGA